CUAAAAUAAAAUUUGAGUUCUCGCUAAACAAACAUCAUGAAGGCAAAUAGAGGAAAUCGACCAUCAGGUUUUAACAACAAUAGAGGACCUGGGGGGCCUAACAGAGGUUCCGGCACCGGGUCUAACGGUCGGUCUGGACCUGGCGGCCCUUUGGUGACCGAGCACCUUCAACUGCAGGAUUUGGAUUUGGAGCUGGCCCUUCUCCGACGCAAACGUGAGAUAAUUGAGCAACAACAAACAAUGCUUAUUAAGGACAAGCAGUACAAUCGCCCGAACGAAUAUGACCCUCCCUCGUUGUUUAGUCAACAACAGUACAAUCCACCUGCGCAAUUCGGGCAGGUUAGCAAUUUCUCCCGGUUUUACGACUCUGCCUACCCGGGCGACUCAAGUGGCCCACACAAUGAGCCCUACAGGCAGGGGCUCAAGCGGUCGGCUCCCAUCGACCCUUGGCAGAGCGGAGCUCCCAAACGCUUAGGCGCCAAGGACAGGCUUGGCCCAGCUCCCCGGUCAAUGCACAGUGUACCCGAGCCAUUAAUGCGCGAGACCUACAGGCCUCCGAAGCUAGCGUCAAACAGCUCUACAGCCGGAACGCGCCGGCUUCCAUCUCUCAUGGGCCGUAUAGGUUUCAUCCCCAACAAAAUAGUGAAACCCAAAUUGGCUGGAGUGAACAAACCAGGCAACAGGACUGGAAAUAGGCCCGGCCAAGGCUCUGGUCCAAAUAAACUAAAUUCAUAUCCCCAGUCGGUUCGCCAGAAUUUAGUUGCUAAAACUUCUGAUUUAACUCAAAAAUCUUAUAGAGAAGAAAAGUUGGAGGCUGACAAGCCAGUCUCCCGGUCGCUGUUGGGACGACUGGAGUUAGCACUAGGCACAGUGUUCAAAGAUAUGAAGCAGAAAUACGGUGAGGUGGAACCUAACGCUGGGAUUUUCCGUAACACUUUUCAACAACGCGUGCUUAAGCAGGCGAUCCGUGACCGUAUUCGGAACGUCAUGCUUGGCAAGAAUGUCGGCAAUGCCGUUGAAAUAACUAAGAUCUAUCGCGACAAAUACCCCACUCAGCACGACGAAGAAUUGCUCCAGCUUGCUUUGAAAGCCGGACCACAACGGCGUAUACUUCCGUUUAAAGCGAUCAUCACAGAAGACCCUGUGAAAUUUUUCAAGGCCAACUUUGACAAGCUAUUGAGCAAGCAACUUGACAAAAUAUUUGCUGAGGUAACGAAGAUAUGUGAAUCUAAUCCAGAGUAUAAACAGCCAAUGCAUGAGACAGUGGAGGCAGCGCUCAUUGAAUUUGGUAUCACUGAUGAUCCAAAUAAGAUUGGAAAGCCAGUUGAUAACGUUGUUGGCGAAGAAUCUGCAGUUGUUAAGGAAGAUGAGGAAAAAGGGGAAAAAGUGGAAAAGGAGGAAAAAGUGGAAAAUGAGGAAAAAGUGGAAAAGGAGGAAAAAGCGGAAAAUGAGGAAAAAGGGGGAACAGGGGAAAUAGAGGAAAAAAGUAAGUGUGCAGAUAAUGGUUAGCAUGUUAGAUUUUUC